AUGCCUUCGGUUUCGCAACCUUUCAGGUUGACCGUUUUACCCAAAAUUGCAUCUUUGAAUAAUUUUGCAACUCAAACCAGCUAUCUUCAAGUGGCAGAUACCUUAACGCCAUUGACGAACAAGAUUAAUAUCGGUAUAUCAGGAUCUGCCGUUUCUCAAUAUAUUGUCAAUCCCACACCCAAGCUUGUAUACAAUCUACCGAUUCCAUCAACGAAUACCGUCUCCUCGUGCGAUGUGGCGGAGCUUGCUGCAAAAACUGAAGGCGAAGAUCCACAAGAAGUUUGGUGUUACGCCUUAGUUGCCAAUAAAGUGUUCUCCUUAAAUACAUUAAUCAAGCCAUCAGUGGCAACUGCAUCAACUUCUAAUUUUGGUGAAACGUUUGAAAACAACAAAGUGGACAUCAAAUACAAAGCCGUUAACGUGAAAGUUUAUCCAAAGAGAGAAACCAUCGUAGCCGUGUUAGAAAAUGGUUUGAUCCAAACUUUUGACUUCCAAUUAAAACUUUUGCAUUCCAUUGACGCAACAUACGGGGAAAUAUUCCUUGUUCAGCAUUUCACCAGUGAAUCUGGUCUAGAUUUUGUAUGCAUGCUUAGUGAGUUGAAAGACAAGAAGAGCUGUUUUAAGCUCUUUGAAGUUAAUGAGUUAACAGCUGCAAUCCCCGUCAAGGAAUUGAAUUCCGUUAUUAUUGAAGAUUGCCCAUUGAAAGAUGCCAAACUAUUCUAUCAGUAUGGUAAAAUUUACAGACUUUGUGACGCUGAAAUUAAAGUUUAUAAUUUGCCUCACUUCCAACUUGCACAAACCAUCAACCUACCAUUCAUUUCGUCCAAUGAUGUCAUUUCUUUCAAAGCUAUAUCUACCAAUCGAGCCCUCCUAACGGCUCAAAAUAAAAUUUACUUGCUGGAUUUACUGCAUAAUGCUACUUUAAGUGAAAGAGAGCUAAGUCACGUCAAGACUUUUCAACUUCUGAGAACUGCUGUGAUUCCAGGAAACACCUCUGAUAACGACAAAACUUUUGCAAUCGGUGUGUCAACAAAACAUGGUGCUAAUCCUGUCAGUACUUUGGAUAUUAUAAACGUGGACGUUGGUACUGGUACGUUGAGGGACUCCAUGGGCAAAGGGUUCUCUCCACGUGGAGGUAAGCCCCAUACUUUGAAAUCUCUUCUAUCGCCCGAUAAUGAGACGGAAACAGAAGAGUUCGAUUACUCUAGAAUCGUUGAAGAGCUAGAAAAGGUAGGAAGCGAUUCUACAAGGUUUGAUUCAGUAUUCUUCAACAAGCUGAAUGUGAAAAAGGACUAUUACACUGAUUCAGACAGAUUUUUGAAUAACGAAGACUUUUUGGAGAAGGUUGUCGGUGUAAUUUUCGAUAACUUUGUGAGUGAGUAUCCAAGAGCUUUAACAUACCUUUUGACACAUCCUCUAUUUCCCCUCUCUCAUACCAAAAAUCUACUCAAAAGAUUUAAAGAGCAUCCAAGGCUAUUCAAGCAAGCUAUUGUCACAUGUCCUAAUUUGCCAUUAGAUGACUUGUUACACGAACUCUUCACGGUGAUGAAUGAUGAGCUAUCCCUUGAUCUUUCGUUGAGAAUACUCCAGGAUUUCAAUAGGGACUUCAUCAAAAGCUCUAUCAAGAAAAUGAGCAAAGUUGAUACCCAUAACUUUAUUAAUUUUGUUGUUGAUGAGAACGCUGACGAAGAAAGGAACAGAAAUAAGCCAAGAUUAUUUCAACUUUUGAGUUUGGUCCUCGACUCGGUGGGACUUUUUGCACUAGAGGACUCGACGUUAAUAAAAUUGAGCUCGUUCAUAGAUGAUCAGGUCCGUGUUGUUCAACAAAAUAUUGAAUUGUUAAACCUAUUGGAAGACUCAACAGUCGCACGUUCUUCAGCAGGAUCGCAAUUUAACUCUAGCCAAACAGAAGAGCAAGUAAUUAAGCCAUACAGUGUUCAAUACUUGGAUUGCUGA